GCUCUCCUUCAUUCCAUUCGAGGGCCUUAGGACAUGUACAGGGAGCAAUCGGUUAUCGCUGUCGGGUCCGGAAACCAUUGACAUGUCAGGCACAUGAUCGAUCGACGACGCGCUCGUUGUUCACUGGCACGCUUUCGCGACCUCGAGACCAAUCUAAUCGUUCCCCUCCAACGAGUUCCAUCAUCCUCCAGCUGCAUUUGCGACGGAAGUGGCAAUGUUGGAGUCUGUUUUUGAGCGGCGGGCCGAAGAAGCUGAUCGCGAGCCAGUAUUGAAGUAGAACAAUGAGGCCAACACAAUGCAAAUUUCAUGGUGUGGUAACCGGCCCUCUUGUUCCUCCACCAUCUCCGGUUUCCUCCCAUCUUCCUCACUACCUAGAGCUACCCCAGAGCGCCUUUAUAUAACGUCCCUCACGCUUUCUCAUUUCUCGACACCCGCUUUAACGAUAUUCGCGCCUCUCGACGACGGCGCUUACGUUCUAUACUAACUAACCUAUACAUCAUCCACGGCCUUUCUGAACUUACUUACAUAUGCGACUCUCCCCAUCUUCCGCUUCCGCCUCCGCCCUCCUCGUCCUUGCCGCGAUCCCGGAUGGCGCUUCGGCCACCUUGCUGCAGCGUGCGUCCGGCUUUGCGGCGCAUCAGACGAAGCAUCUGGCUCGCGACCUGCGGCUCGCGUUCGGCGGUGUGCUGCCCCGGAGCACGGCGCAGCAUGUUAUCUAUUGCAAGUCCGCGGCUACGCGGAACGCGCUGGCCGGGGCCGGUACCAAUGGCUCCAGCUCCAGCUCCAGCUCGUCUUCAUCAUCUUCAUCGUCCUCAUCAUCUUCGUCAUCCUCCGGUAGCACGGGCGGAUCUUCAACUGGCACCAGCAGUAGGAAGUCGGGCUCGGGGACGACCACUGCGAACAGCGCAAGUCCUACUCAGUCGAGCUCCGUGUGGCACCUGACUCAAUCCUACGCCGGGUCGACUUUCUUCGAUGAGUGGGACUUUUGGAACCUCAACGACCCCACACACGGCACGGUGGACUACCUGAGCCAGGCUGACGGGCAAGCUGCUGGUCUCGUCGAGGUGAACUCGGCUGGGAACGCCGUCAUGCGCGUCGAGACGACACCGACCGUCGCCAGCAAUCGCAAGAGCAUACGGAUCACCACCCAGAAGUCGUUCACCGGGGGACUGGUCAUCAUGGACUCGGUGCACAUGCCCACUGGAUGCGCGACUUGGCCCGCUUUCUGGUCGAAUGGACCCAAUUGGCCCAUCGCCGGAGAGAUUGACAUCGUCGAGGGCGUGAACGAUUACACGAACAACCAGGCCACUAUCCACACUGCGCCGGGGUGCCAGCUGUCGACGUCCAAUCCGAGUCAACUGGGCACGAGUGCGAUGGCUGUCACGGGCGGCACGGACUGUGCUGCUGCUUCCUCCGGCAACCAAGGAUGCGGCAUGCAGUCCCCGUCCAACCUCAGCUUCGGACCAGGGUUCAACAAUAACGGUGGCGGGGUUUAUGCCAUGAAAUGGGACUCCUCCGGCAUCGCGGUCUGGUUCUUCGCCCGGGGCUCUGUUCCCGGCGACAUCGACGGGGGCGCCCCGCUGCCUGACAACUGGGGUCUCCCGAUGGCGCACUGGCCGGCCUCGGACUGCGACCCGUGGAAAUACUUCUACACGCACGUCGCCAUCUUCGACACGACGCUGUGUGGGGAUUGGGCUGCCAGUGCCUGGACGACCUCGGGUGCGCCGGGACAGGCUCAGAGCUGUGCUGCCCGCACGGGAUACUCGACGUGUCAGGCGUUUGUCGCGGCUGAAGGUGCUGCGUUUAGCGAAGCAUAUUGGGAAGUCAAGAGCGUCAAAUUUUACAACACGACGGCGCCGCUAUGAUGGAUCUACGAUGAAAUGGACAUGCGGUAUUCUAUUUUUUAAGGUAUCUAGAUGGACAUGAUCGUACCAUGAGACAACUGGGCCAUCUUUCUCGGGGCAUGAGUCAAUCGUGUGACGAUAUCACGUGAAGUGAGAGUUCGCGUGUGGUCCAGAACGCAGGUUCAUCUGCUGUGUUUGAUUGACGCGUCACCUGUCCUCUGGAAAUGGAAAUACAAGCAGAAGCUCGGUUAACCGGGUUGAGUCCUUGUUCGGAAAGAGAAACUCUGAAUCCCGACACAUGCACUGCAUCAGUGCAACCCUAAACGCAACCCUGCGCGAGCCUGAUCAUUCGAAGAACGAUUUUCUCUCCCAAGCACCACGAUCACGGUAUGCCUGUGCAGCGGAGUAAGUCUCAAACUAUCUGUAUCUCUGUAUGGAUAUUGAAUCGUCUCGAGCUCCAACCAAGGCACUCAGACGAUCUGUGUGUUCCAUCUUCCCUGGUUAGAUUUGAGAAAUGGAGAAUGACGCGACUCGACAGGACGGUGAUGUGUUCGCAGCCUCCAUUGGGCUCACAGAACACCCAACCAUGUUUGAGUCGCUCAAAAAAGCGCUUCGCCAGAUUUCGCUAAAGCUCUUCGACCUGACUGAGCCGAUCCCCGAUCAGCCCAAGGCGAUGGAGGAAUUCGUGGCGGAGGUUGAAAAGCGGUUCUCCGGCUACUUCAGCCCCAAGUUAUCCAACUACGUCGACCGACGGAGGUGCCUCGAGAAGUACGCCAAGUCGUAUCUGGAGAAAAGCGGGAAGAUGACCGCGGUGAAGUGCAAAGACUGCUCGUCUCCUGCUCGUGGCAAAACGGAAAAGGCCGCCAGUGGUGUGAAAUCUCCGAAUGCCCAUUCGAGAUGGAAUCGCGUCGAGUCCGAGUCUGAAUCGGACGAGGACGAGGAGGUGGACCAGCUGGCAGUCACGAGCCCCAUCGCAAAAGACACCGCGCAGCCGGUCUCUCAAUCAAUCAAGUCUCCCAGAAAGCAAAGUCCAGUCCCUGUGAAGAAGGAGAAAGAGAUCGAAUCCGUGACACCCAAACGUCCCUUGCCCCGGCCGCUGUUCAGGAAAGCCGACGCAGCACCGAGCAACGUGAA